ACCAAAAUUCACCCCAGUUGUUAUGUCACAAUCAAUUGACGCAGACAGAUGUCUGUAACACCGACUUGUUUUAUUUUUGUUUUUUUAUUGAUUAUUAGGAGAGUGAAUUCAAGAUAAAAAAUUAAUUAGGGCCAUAUAAUAGUAUUUAUUUACAUUUGUUACUAAAUAUCAAGAUAUUGAAUUAAGUGGUAAAUUUAUAAGUAUUACAACAGACCGCUACCUUGGAUAGAUUAGAUUAUUUGUAAAAGAUGGCGCUAGCCUCAAUCCUAACCUAGAACUAUUAUUAUUGUUUUGAACUAGUUUCUAGAAAUCAGUUUUAAAUAAACAAUGAACGAAUACGGAUCAAGACUCUUGCCUCCUGCAAAAGAAAGUGUACGGGCAGCAUGUAAAAAGUGCGGUUACGCAGGUCAUUUAACUUACCAAUGUCGAAAUUUUCUCAAAGUUGAUCCAAACAAGGAAAUAGUGCUCGAUGUUAGUAGUACUAGUAGUGAAUCUGAACAAGACUAUUUAACACCUCUGACGGAAUUACGAGAAAAGGAACUGAAGGAAAAGCAGAAAAAAGUCAAGAAGGCAAAAAAGAAACACAAAAAGAAGUCAAAAAAGAGGUCUCACUCAUCAGACAGUGAAUCAAGUGAUAGUGAAUCAACAGAGAAGAAAAACCGUAAGAAGUCAAAGAAGAAAAAGUCCAAGAAGCGCAGAAAGUCUUCAUCAUCAGAGUAGCCAUAAUUUUAAUAAAUGUACAUAAUAAACAUUUAAAAAAUUAAUUUAAAUUUUAUACAUACA